UGGUCGAUACCCGAAUUUGGUACCAUGGAAGCUCUAUACCAAAUAAAGGGCAAUUUGCACUCACCAUUCAGUCUGAGUACGGUUAAUAGAUACAUACGAAUUCCGCGGAAUUAGCAUGCAGAUAUACUAUACUAUAUUUUACCGAAGAUUUGUACCUCAAAUUAUGUCUUGAAAGGAACUGAUUUUGAUAUUCUCUGGCCAUCAAGAGCUGGCAACUCUGAAUAUUCUCAUCUAUAUCCCACUAUUUUUUAGGUUCUAUUGUGAACGAUCAUAAAAUAAAAUUUUCAAAUUGCAAAUUCAUCGAAAAUGGCACAAGUUGACGAUUUCGAGCAGAUAUCCAAAAAUAUAUACAAAAAUCACAAAGAACAUGAGAAAAACAUCAAAGAAAAUAGAGUUAAAACUUCAAUAAUCAGUUUGGCAGACUUUUAUGAGGGUUAUCAGCGUGAGGUAAAGGAAAUAAACGCGGAAAUUACUCCUUCGAAAGAUAAUCCGACUGUGGCGGAUUUCGCGGACAUAUUCAAAGCAUUCGAGGAAUAUCCUUGCAAUUUGCAAAAACCAAAGCGCCCCUCAACAAGAGAACAGCAGCAGCGCAUGAAUUGUACUUUGGCGCGUGAUAUGACUGUGGUCAACUCGCGUGAGCAAUCACCUUGUAGCACCUCACUACAGAAUAUUAUGCGUAACACUGCAGAGCUGCCUACAGCCUUUGAAAUCUACAAUAACUUUAGAAAUUUUCAGCAAAAGCUCAAACGGUUUUUGGCAGAGGUACAGCAACUAGAGUUUGCAAGUUCAUAUGAAACUAAGCUCGAUCAAUUGUGUGCAUUUGGAAAGCAGUUGGAGAAAUUGCGGCCAACCACCAGUAAUGCAGAACAAGCCCUGACGGUUGAAGAAGAAGCGAAACUUCAAACGAUUCUUAGCAACCUGGAGGAGCUUAAUUACAUACGCGAAAAUCAAGAAAUUUUUUCAAAUGGCACGCCCACUGCAAAUGCACAGUCUGCGCGUACUAAAAGCUUCAUGAAUUUAAUAACAUAUUUAUUGAAUACUAUUUCAAAUAUGUAAUUACUGAUAAGUUUAAAAUUUAAAUUGUUAAAUACAUAAAUUAAGCUACAUAUUGUA